AUGCUGUGUGACAUGGACCAGGUGACGGCCGUGCGGUUCAUCCUGCGGCAGGCCUCCCCCGUCUGGCUCCACUUCACCAUCGAGGACCUGCAGAUUUUGCCCCCUGGGCAGAAGAGCCCCCAGAAGGAUUUUCCCUCUUGGCUCUCCCAGCUGACCCCUCCAGAGCAGCCAGCCAGCCUGCAUGGGGAGCUUCCCGACCCAGAGAAGGUGUCUACAGAGGUCCAGCAAAUGUGGAUGCUGACAGAGGUGAUCCAGGCUCGCCAGGCAGCUGCCCGCAUCGGGCGCUUCGACGUGGAUGGCUGCUACGACAUCAACCUGCUUUCCUACACGUGA